AUGGCUCGCUGCCGCCCCUGUGACCUCAGGGUGCUGGUAGCCGUUGCAUGUGGGCUGCUGACGGCCAUCAUUUUGGGACUGGGCAUCUGGAGGACAGUGAUAAGGAUCCAGAGAGUAACAGUUGCUCCCCCCUCGAGCACCCCUGCAGUGUUCUGCAGGAAUGGUGGAACUUGGGAAAACGGCAGAUGCAUUUGUACAGAAGAGUGGAAGGGCCUGAGAUGUACAAUCGCUAAUUUCUGUGAAAAUAGUACCUAUAUGGGUUUUACUUUUGCCAGAAUUCCAGUGGGCAGGUAUGGAACUUCUUUGGAAACAUGUGAUAAGAACACUUUAAAUGCUGGCUCUCCAAUAGCAAUCCGCCUGUGCAAUGUGUCUAUAUAUGGAGAGAUAGAAUUACAAAAUGCCACAAUAGGAAACUGCAAUGAAAAUCUGGAAACCCUGGAAAAUCAGAUAGUCAAUAUCACAGUGGACUCUAAGACUAUUUCUGCUGAAGCCCAGGUUUUAACAUCCGAUGCCAGUAAAUUAACUGCUGAGAACAUCACUUCUGCUACUAAAGUGGUUGGACAAAUCUUUAAUGCAUCCAGAAAGGCUGAACCUGAGGCAAAGAAAGUUGCUGUAACAACAGUGAGUCAACUUCUGGAUGCCAGUGAAGAUGCUUUUCAAAGAGCUGCUGCUACUGAUAAUGACAAUGCCUUUACAACACGGAGUAGGGAAACCCAGGGAGGUCUGUCUGUUCAGAUUCCUCUUGGCUCCGCUGUGCAGCAUUCCUCUCUUCUUGGGUCUGGAGCAGGACCCUCUCUGAAAUGGGGGUCUUAUGAUCUAUCAGAUCAAAUAGGUACUAAGGCAUGUGGCUUUGUACUAUAUCAAAACAAUAAGCUUUUUCAAUCAAAAACCUUUACAGCUAAAUCAAAUUUUAGUCAAAAAAUUAUCUCAAGCAAAGUGAAUGAAAAUGAUCAAGAUCAGACUCUUUCUGUUGAAAUGGUCUUUAGCCCAAAGUAUCAAAAAGAAUACCAACUGCAUGCCUAUGCCUGUGUUUACUGGAAUUUUUUAACAAAAGAUUGGGAUACCUAUGGUUGUUACAAAGACAAGGGUACUGAUGGAUUCCUGGGCUGCCGCUGCAACCAUACCACUAACUUUGCUGUGUUGAUGACUUUCAAAAAGGAUUAUAAGUAUCCUGAGUCACUAGACAUAUUGUCCAACAUUGGAUGUGCCCUGUCCAUUACUGGUCUGGCUCUCACAAUUAUCUUUCAGAUUGUCACCAGGAAAGUCAGAAAAACCUCAGUCACCUGGGUGAUGGUUAGUCUGUGCACAUCGAUGUUGAUAUUCAACCUGAUUUUUGUGUUUGGUAUUGAAAACUCCAAUAAAAACUUGAAUACAAGAGAGAGUGACAUAGAUAUUGACUUUGAUGAUAAUCAAAUGCUCACAGAGGACACUAUUGAAAUCCCGAAUCCCUCAUGCACAGUGAUUGCUGCCUUCCUGCACUAUUUUCUGUUAGCCACAUUUACCUGGAGUGGACUCAGUGCUUCACAGCUUUAUUUCCUUCUCAUCAGGGCCAUGAAGCCUCUUCCUCCACAUUUCAUUAUUUUCAUCUCAUUAAUUGGAUGGGGAGUGCCAGCUAUAGUAGUGGCUAUUACAGUGGGAAUUAUUUAUUCCCAGAGUGGGAGUAAUUCACACUGGGAAUUAGACUACCGGCAAGAGGAAAUCUGCUGGCUAGCAAUUCCAAACAACAAUGACUUUAUAAAGAGUCCAUUUUUGUGGUCAUUCCUUAUACCUACAAUCAUUAUCCUCAUCAGCAAUGUUGUUAUAUUUAUUGUAAUCACAAUUAAAGUGCUGUGGAAGAAUAACCAAAAUUUGACAAGCACAAAGAAGGUUUCAUCCCUAAAGAAGAUUCUUAGCACAUUAUCUAUUGCAGUCGUUUUUGGAGUUACCUGGAUUCUGUCAUACUUUAUGCUAAUUAAUGAUGAUGACAUCAGGAUUGUCUUCAGUUACGUGUUCUGCCUUUUCAACACUACUCAGGGAUUGCAAAUUUUUAUCCUCUACACUGUUAGAACAAAAAUCUUCCAGAGUGAAGCUUCCAAAGUGUGGAAGUCACUGUCGUCAUCAGUUGGGAGAGUGAAGUCCCUGCCGUCACUGAGAUUACGAGUUCGGAUGUAUAAUAUGCUCAGGUCCCUUCCAGCCCUACAUGAAAGCUUUAGACUGCUGGAGCCAUCUGAAGUAAUAGAGGAAACGACACUCACUGAAAGUGACCAAGCAAGCUCAAGCAACUAG